GUAAAGUAUCAGAGUUCUACAGUGACUUUAUACUCGCUGAGUUUUGUAAAUGAGGAGUCCUGACAGUAUAAUACAUGUGUCUUAUAUUUAGCCAUGUGAACAUGUAUAAAAUAUGAUAACUGAUAGCAAAUUGUUUGAUUAUAUCAACAGUCGAAUAAGUCGUCUAUGAAUGAUUUGUGUUAUCCGUUGCGCGGUACCAUUAAUUUUCAGAGUGAUUCGAGAAGGAAUAGUUUUCAAAAGAUGAAUUAACAAUAUUUUGGCUGAUAUUUACCUCCACGUGUUUACAACAAGCCUCAAAAUUUAGAUAAAAAAACACAGGUUAUAUCAGACAGUUUCCUACGUACAAUCAGCUUCAUAUUCUGCAAAGAAAGUUCCCACCUUAUUUAGUAGAAGAAAUUAUAUUGGUUGAAAGGAUGGUUAAACACUAUGAGGAUAGUAUAAUUUUCCAAUUUAAUUGGAAUCAAGUUGCACAAGCAUUUUGGCAAAGAUAUCCAAAUCCUAACAGCGCUCAUGUACUGACAGAAGACACUAUAUCAAGAAGAGUUAGAAAUGGAAUUUUACAUAGUACAAGGCUCCUGACAAAAACUAAUAAACGUGUGCCCAAGUGGGGAGAAAGGUUUAUUAAAACCAAUGUUGUCAAGAUUGUUGAAGAGAGUACGGUAGAUUUGAAGGCAAAAACUUUGACAACAUAUACGCGAAAUUUGGGCUAUACUACAGUUAUGAGUAUCGUCGAGAAGGUUGUUUAUAAAGUUUGCGAUGAGAAUCCAAAUUGGACCAUAGCAAAAAGGUCCGCAUGGAUAGACAGUCGAGCUUUUGGAUUUAGUAGGGCUAUUCAAGCGUUUGGGCUGGAUAAAUUUAAAAAGAAUUGUAAACAGAUGUAUACUGGUUUCAAUUACGUUUUAGCGCAUAUGUUUCCACACACGGCGCAACAUAUGAAUCCUCAAAUGGGAAUCGCUCAUCGUCUUGACGAAGCAGCUGGAGCAAAGUCUAGUCUCGCGGAAGGUUUUCAAACUUCUUUGCAAGGUAAAGCGGAGAAAGUAAAGGAUGCUGCAAAGAAAGCGAAAGAUUUAGCAAAGGAAAAAGCUGGAACAAUUUAUGUGGUAUAAAUGUUUUAACCAACAACGUCGUUUUCGUGAAAAAAUUGUAAAAAAUAUUUUGAUAAAUUGAAAAAUGUAAAUCGGAAGAGAAUUGUUUAUAGAGGCAAGAUCGAUCGAGUGAAAUCGAUACGGUGAAAAUUUUCAUAAUAUUCAAUGUCGUCAAGAUUUAUUUGAGAAUAUGAAUUAGUUGGUCUUCUAUCGUCGGUCACGUGAAAACCGUAAGAAAUUCUGUAUGAUUGUACCCUCGUCAUUCCUUUCAACUGCCAAUCUAUUUUUAAUCAAGACUUAAGACUUCUUUAAUAAUUUAUUAAAUCGUACACACGCAACACUAUAGCACAUUAACGAAUUUGAAGCUAUGUUUCGUUGUAUCCGACGGUAUUAUUUCAAAUUCACCUUAUUCCUUGUUUACGCUUACUUGCAUAAAUGUGACCAAAAAUGAAUGAAAUAUUGAUAUAUAUAUAUUGUCUUGAAGAAUAGUCGUCGCGUGAAAUGUUAUCCAUAAGUUGGAAUUGAUAUAUUUUGUAAAAAUGAUCGUAAAAGUGUUCUCGUUCAACGAGACAAAGUAUAUAAGAUAAAGGACAAGCAUGUUCGAUCGAUAGGUGCAUUAUACAACGCAUUACACAAUAUACACACAAUUGUUGUUUCGCACGAAAGAUUUCGUACCGACGAUAUUCGAUACUUUUGGUAUCUCAUUGUGGCUAAUUGGGGUUGCACGUAUAUCUGUGCUUGUUGUUUGCACAAAAGGUCUCGUAUUUCGCGUACGUAGCGGAAAUUUUUCCAGUUUCCACGGUUACACGUACGAUAUAGCAAUUUGUAUAAAUGUAGAUACAAAGAGUGUAGGAAGAUUGCGUCAAAUGAAGUUGUAAUAUAUCGUUUACUUUUACCCCGUGCUGUAAAUCAUGCAAGAAUUACGUAGACGAAGACGUAUGUAUUAGAAUGAACGUAGAAAUAAAGGUGCGUUAAAAAAAAAAA